CAAAUCAAUUUCUCCAAUAUUUUUGACCUUGCAAUUGGUUCACACGAACGCGCAAGUGCAGGACUAAGGCCCAACCUCCGGUCCGGAAAAGCCCAAAAGGGAACAGGUUGAACCUCAGGCCGUGACAAUUCGCGUACAAUCUUCAACGUCUUUGAGUAGUUUAAUCCUCCAUUUUUCUUCCCCAUGAUUUCUGGGAAGCUUUAUCCAUCCUACUCCGCGUCAUGCAUUUUCCCACCAAAACAAACCAAUCUUCAUCUUCCUCUUCUUCAAAUCUCUUCCACACUCAGAUUGAUUAGCUUUCAAUCCGUCUCCCUCUCUUUUCCAUCCUUCUUUGCUUCUAAAUCCAGUGCCAAGUCCACUAGAUUUUCGAAUUCUGUGGUAAAAGUUUAUAGUUAUGAGGGUCAAAACCCCAUUAUUUUAUCGGAUUUGGAAGACCUGUCCGAGGAUGGAGCUGUCUAUAAGAAGACACUGGCCAUGGUGGAGUGCUCCAUGUUCGCUGCACUUAAUGGCUUGGUCUACUUCUUGAGCAAUUCACUCGCUCUUGAGAAUUACUUUGGCUGUUUCUUCUGUCUACCAAUAGUAAUCUCUUCAAUGAGAUGGGGUAUAGCAGCCGGGAGAAAAACCAUGGUGGCGACAUUCUUGCUGCUGCUGGUUUUGUCUGGUCCAGUGAAAGCUUUAACAUAUCUGCUUAGGCAUGGUUUGGUGGGAUUUACAAUGGGCUCCUUGUGGAGGCUUGGAGCAAACUGGAGUACCUCAAUCUUUCUGUGCACAAUCGUUCGGGCACUCGGGGCAGUGGGGUAUGUCUUAGUAUCUUCAUUCUUGAUAAGAGAGAACAUACUAGCUCUGAUCACUAUAAAUAUUCACGCUUCCCUCACCCUUAUCUUCACUGCCUGGGGUGUGAACUUGAUCCCAUCAAUGAAUGCAAUAUAUGCUAUAUUUGGAAUACUGGUGUUCCUGAACUGUGGAUGCUUCAUGUUUUUGCUUCAUCUUUUGUACUCCGUAUUUCUUACUAGACUUGGUUUGAAGACUUCAUUGACAUUGCCAAGGUGGCUGGAAAAGGCGAUGUAAACAAACACUCGACCGGUAUUAAUUUGUUGACGAUGAUAAAUGCACCAUUUCUUUUCUCCUUUUAUAGGAAGAAGAAAUUGGUUAAGCUCAAUGGAACAUUUAGUUCAUUCACGAUUUGUUUUAUUGUAUGUGAAUGGCUGAGAAUGUAUGGGCGAUGCUUUUGCCCAAUCAGAUAAAAUGGAAGGAAGUAACUAUUAAGCUUUAGGGAGAUUUUAGAUUUCUACUGGUGGUCGUCUUGCUGUAAAGUUCCUGAGGAGUUUGACCAUCCUUUAUGAUGCAACGAGUGAAUCAGCUUUGGAACUUUGUAGACUGGAAUGUACAAUCUAUGAUCUAGAUUUACAAUUUCAAAUAUGAAAUUAUUAUUGCCUCGAUUGGUAAUUAUUUCA